AUGAUCGAAAUACAACGGUUUAUGAUGACAUUCUCAACACCGUGUUGUGACAGCGCCCCACACAUCUACAUUUCCGCGCUUCCGUUCACCCCAACAAGAUCGAAAUUACAUAAUGAGGUUGUAAAAAGACGCAUCAAUACCCUCGCUGUGACAAAGGGACUCGAUGAAAUGUAUCCCGGGCUCCCUACUAGUCUUCGGGGUCAUACCGACUGGGUCAAUGCUGUCGCAUUCGCGCCAGAUGGCUCGCAGAUCGCCUCAUGUUCAGUAGAUAAAACAAUUGGACUGUGGGAUGCAUUCACUGGGCAGUCAUUGGGGGAGCCGCUCCGAGGUCAUGUCCACUUGGUCGAGGCCAUCGCGUUCUCGCCAGACGGCUCACAAAUUACCUCCGUUUCGCGCGAUACGACGGUUCGACUCUGGGAUGUAAACACCGGAUAUCCAUUAGGAGAACCACUCCGAUAUCAUAAUGAUGGAGUCAGCGCUGUCGCCUUCUCGCCAGACGGUUCACGAAUCGUCACCGGUUCGGAGGAUGCGACGAUCAGACUGUGGGAUUUAGAAGGCGAUCGGCCCGUGAUGGAGCCACUUCGAGGCCACGAAGAUGGAGUGACCGCUGUCGCGUUCUCACCCAAUGGUUCGCAAAUUGCUUCUGGCUCGUACGACAAAACAAUUAGACUAUGGGAUGGAGCUACUGGUCUUUCGUUGGGAGAGGCAAUCCGCUGUCAUGACAAUUGGGUCAAGACAAUUAGCUUCUCACCAGACGGUUCACAAAUUGUCUCUGGCUCAGAGGACCGUACUAUUCGACUAUUGGAUGCAGUUACUAGACAACCACUUGGGGAGCCAUUUAGAGGUCACAAGGGUUCAGUCUCCUCGGUCGGGUUCUCUCCAGAUGGCUCACAAAUUGUCUCUGGCUCGACGGACAGCACAAUACGACUGGACCCCCUCAAAGGCAACGAAGGCUUAGUCCUCGGCGUGGCGUUUUCACCAGAUGGCUCACACAUCGCCUCUGGUUCAGCUGAUAGGACCAUUCGACUGUGGAGUGCAGUCACCGGAUGCCCAUUGGGAGAGAUGCCUCGAGGUCACCAAAAUUCGGUCUAUGCCGUCGCGUUCUCGCCAGAUGGUUCACGAAUCGCCUCUGCAUCCAUCGAUAAGACGAUUCGAACAUGGGAUGCGGUCACUGGGCAGCCGUUAGGAGAGCCACUUCAAGGUCACAAAGGUGGUAUCUUAGCUGUGGAAUUCUCCCCAGACGGCUUACAAUUUGUCUCGGGUUCAACGGAUAAAACAAUUCAACUGUGGGAUGCGGAUAGUGGAAAACCGUUGGGAGAACCACUUCGAGGUCAUACGGAGUCGAUCAAGUUUGUCGGCUUCUCCACGGAUGGCUCCCGAAUCGUCUCUGGCUCGUUCGACACGACAAUUUGA